GAUUGUGGGGAGUCAACCACAUUACCAGCACCAGGAGCCGUUCAAGGUUCCACUCUUCAGAAACAAUGGGCGUCUUAUCCACAUUGUUGCGUGGAAUUGUGCGAGGAGCUGACCGGAUGUCCGAGUUCACCAGCAAACGUGGUUCAAGGACUCACAACAAAGGCAGAGGAUCUAGACCGACUGGACGUAAUCUUUCCAGCAAAAAGUUUCUGUCCAUACGGGAGAUGAUUCCCGAGUUUGUGGUCCCAAAUUUGGAAGAAUUUAAACUGCGACCAUACGUGUCCUACCGCGCUCCUAGAGGAACAGAGCCGCCCCUCUCAGCACAGAGCCUGUUUGACGAAGCUGUGGCCCCUCAGAUCAAGAAAGACUUUGAAUCUGGAGCUUUCAGCAAAGAGCAGCUGGACAAAUAUGGAUUUGAACCAACACAAGAUGGAAAACUCUUCAAACUGUACCCGAAGAACUAUGUGCGAUAGACUUUAAGAUAGAUGAGCUAUAGUUCAAUGUUUAAACAACUUCAACAUUUAUGGCAUUGUAAAUUAUAUGUCAAAAUCAAAUCAAUCUAUUGCAGAACUGGUUGUAAAAAUAAAGAAUUUAUGUGUUUUGUUAAUGACAGUGAAAUUUGUUUGCCUGAUACACAUGUAUAGAUAACAUGUUAGCAAUAUAUUUCCUGAAUGUCCAAAGAAUAGCAAUAUUCAUCUUAUGUGGGGCUGUAUACAACUAAAGACAUGUCUUGUUUAUCGAUCAGUUGACUAAAAAGGAGGUGUGGCAAAAGCUCUCAAAACUAUUACGUAUCUCUAAGUACCUUCCCAAACUGCACUCACAAGACUACACUUGCUCUGGAGUUCAGACAAAAGUACAAGGAAACCAUGUAUUUAUGUAAGGACAUUAAACUUGUGAAUCAUGAGUUUAAUUUUACAGUAUAUUUUGCAAUCCAAUAUCCUUAUAGUCCUUAUAAUCUAAUUAAAAUGAUUAAGCAACUAAUACAUAUUUUGGUCAUUUGGCUAUCGACUGAUUAAUUGAAUAUGCAACAACUUAACAGGGCUGUAGGAUAAUGUUAAGCUGAUUGUACUAUAAAAAAAACAACUAGACAUGAAAUGUGUGGUCUGGUCCACAAACUCAGAACUUUAUAAAUUAGACGCCAGCUUACGACAAAUACACAAUUAUAAAGUUGAAAUAAGCUUUAAUAAUCAACAGUAUAAUAUUAUUUACAGAUCCAAAAGAUUGUCCAGUGUAUAACAGUUCUAUCAAAAGCAUUUAUUUUUGUCUUUAAUAUUUGUAUUUAAAUUACUAUUCCAAACAUUCAUUGUCGUCAUGUAUAUAACGAAGUUCGUUGUAUUCACCGUGGUCAGCCAUCCACUCUUCACUUGUCAUCACUCCUCUUCAUCCAAACAGAAGUAACAGCACGAUACAGAUAGAGUUUACGCCGAUCAAAGGCACUGAAAGGGAAACACAAUGCUAUUUAAAUUAGCAACAGAACAGAUUUUUGUAAAAAUUAAGAAAGGAACCCUUGACAUGUCUUAAUAUUUUCUUGCACUUGUAUUUCACCAUAGUUACUUGCUGUAAAGAAUUGUACCCUUGCAGUUUUAACUAUAUAUUAUUUUAUCAUCCUUAUUAUUCUAUCCCAUUUAGUAUUUCAGUCUUAUGCAAAGUCUUUAUCCUUCAUAAUUUUGAUUUUGGAUUUAUUAGGGCUAGAAGAUAUGGCAAAGGAUUUAUUAUUGUAUUAUUUUCCUUGUACUGAUCAAUCUGAAAUUUCUAUUACAUUUUAUUAACAGC